UCCCUCCUCUUCGUCAGUGAUCUUCAGCUCUGGACGGAGUCAUGAGGUGGCGCUGUAACAUGUGAAGAUGGCCAACGCCGUGGCUUCCUACGACCAGUUGGCCCAUCAGGUGGAGGCUCUCCGGAAGGAGAACUCCCACCUGAGAAGGGAGCUGGAAGACAACUCCAACCACCUGUCAAAACUGGAGACGGAGACCUUUGGCAUGAAGGAGGUGCUGAAGCAGCUGCAGAGCAAACUGGAGCAGGAGGCAGGGACCCUGGCCUCGUCCGGGAGGAGCGAUGUACUGCACCAGCUCAAAGAGCUCCACAUGGACCUCACCAACUACUAUGAACUCAAACACCAACCUCACAACCUGAGGCUGCUGGCAGGUGGCCUGGGAGGGGUCUCAGGGCCGGCGCCAGGUUUGGGGGCGGAGCUGGACGAUCGGCUGGCUCUGCCUCCGUCCUCCUCGUCCUCUGUGAGCAGAGCCAGGAGCCCUCUCAGAGCGGCGUCCCGCCAGAGCAUGGCGUCCGCUGGGGACACGGCCGCCUCCAUCAUGCUGCCCCAUCACUUCCUGGACGGAGCCCCGCCCAAAACGGCUGUGAUCAGCGGAGCAGAUGGACGGCUGAGCGACUACCACCUGGAGGAGCUCCAGCUGGAGGCGCUGUCCCAGAAGCUGUCCCAGCUGCCCCGCAUCGACACGAUGGAUCUGAUCAGGCAGCAGCUGGAGUUCGAGGUUCAGCAGAUGCGGGUCGCUCGCCUGGAACAGCUUGAAAAAGAGCUGCAUGAGGCCCGAGGGAGUCAGGAGAGCCAGCUACAGCUUUCUGGAGCUGAGAAGCCCCCUGCUGGAGAACCAGACAACAGCAGCUCUUCGUCAGCCGCCCCCGGAGCAGAGGCUGCAGAUGGAGGCAGCAAGGUGGAAAUGGUCUUCUGGCUGCUCUCCAUGCUAGCCAACAGAGACAAAGAGGAGAUGUCCCGGACUCUGCUGGCCAUGUCCAGCUCCCAGGACAGCUGCAUCGCCAUGCGAAAGUCCGGCUGUGUCCCCCUGCUCGUCCAGAUCCUGCACGAAGCCCCCAGCAGCGGCGCCGCCUCCGGGGACGCGGCAGCGGGUGGGGCCGCGACGGGCUGCAGCCGGGAGGCCAAAUCCAGGGCGAGCGCCGCACUGCACAACAUCAUCUACUCCCAGCAGGACGAGGGCCAAGCCCGCCGGGAGAUGAGGGUCCUGCACAUGCUGGAGCAGAUCCGCACCUACUGCGACAGCGGCUGGGACUGGAUCGAGAGCCACGCCGUGACGCCGUCACCCGGAGGGACCAAAACCACAGAUAUUCCCGAACCUGUGGACCCUCAGAUCUGUCAGGCAAUGUGUGCCAUCAUGAAGCUUUCCUUCGAGGAGGAGUACCGACGAGCUAUGAACGAAUUAGGUGGUCUGCAGGUGGUGGCCGAUCUGAUCCACCUGGACCAGGAGAUGUACGGCAUGCAGAACGAUCCUAUCAACAUGGCUCUGCGCCGCUACGCAGGCAUGGCUAUGACCAACCUCACCUUCGGAGACGUUGUCAACAAGGCCACUCUGUGCUCAAAAAAGAGCUGCCUGCAGGCUUUGGUGGCCCAGCUGGCCUCUGACAGCGAGGAGCUUCAUCAGGUGGUUUCCAGCAUCCUCAGGAACCUCUCCUGGAGGGCCGACAACAGCAGCAAGAGAGUCCUGCGAGACAUCGGCUGUGUGUCCGCGCUUAUGACCUGCGCCCUGCAGGCCACCAAGGAGUCAACACUGAAGAGUCUUCUGAGCGCUCUGUGGAACCUGUCAGCUCACAGUAUUGACAACAAGGUGGCGAUCUGUUCAGUGGACAGUGCUCUGGGAUUCUUGGUCAGCACACUGACGUACCGGUGUCAGACCAACUCACUCGCCAUCAUUGAGAGUGGUGGAGGGAUCCUGAGAAAUGUGUCCAGCCUGAUUGCUACACGAGAGGACUACAGGCAAAUCCUCAGGGACCAUAACUGCCUCCACACUCUGCUGCAGCACCUGCGCUCCCACAGCCUGACCAUCGUAAGCAACGCUUGCGGGACUCUUUGGAAUCUCUCAGCCAGGAGUCCAAAAGACCAGGAGCUGCUGUGGGACCUGGGGGCUGUCAGCAUGCUGCGUAACCUUAUCCACUCAAAGCACAAGAUGAUCGCCAUGGGCAGCGCCGCAGCUCUUAGGAACCUCCUCACCAAUCGACCCUUAAAAUACAAGGAUGCUGCGGUUGUGUCCCCUGGCUCCUGCAUGCCCUCGCUCUACAUGAGGAAGCAGAAAGCUCUUGAGGCAGAAUUGGACGCCAAACAUCUAGCAGAGACCUUCGAUACCCUUGAGAAACAGAGCCCCAAGCACUUGACCCUCAACAAGCCACUGCGGCACAUUGAAAGUCUGGCUAAGGAUUACGCAUCUGAUUCUGGGUGUUUUGAUGACGAUGAGGGGCCCAACAUCUCCAGCAGCCUCGACACCGGUAGCUUCUCCAUGCUGUCCAUGUUCCUUACCAACUCAAACUUCCUGCAAAAUCAUCCUCGAAAGAGGGACAGUGAGCCUGAGCGAGAUGUAGACCCUCCACACUUGGUUGAGAAGAGGCUCACUGCUCCCGAUGACAUGGUCUCUGCUGCUGCAGAGAAACUAGCCAAGAAGAUUACUAACACAGUUGCUAAGAUUGACAGGCUGGUGGAUGACAUCACCAUGCACACAUCCUCUGAGGAUAGUUUGAGCCUGAGUUCUGAAGACCACCUGGCAGACUGGCCUUAUGGCAUGGAUGAGCACAAUGAAGCCCGGGCUAGUUCGUGCUCCCCCUGCCAUCUCUCUGAUACAAGCAGUUUGGCCCAAAGAGAACGCCUCAGCAGGGCACACGCCCUCCUACGCCUGAAGACAGCCCACACAAGCGUGUCCACAGACAGCCUGAAUAGCGGCAGCACCAGUGAUGGAUACUGUGGCAGCAAAGACCAGAUGCGAGCUCCUCCAAGAGCUCUAAUGAUCCAGCAACGACCCAACCAGCUUGACCUCAAAGUCGCUCAUCAAGAGUAUCUCAAUGUGGGACCUCCUGUGCUGAAUGAAACCAGCCCGCUGGAUAUUCCAGAAAGAGAUUCUGUUGACAAUAAGGAUUUGAAAGCUGUGGAGCUUAGCAACACGGACGCAGAAAAGAACCAAGAUCAACCCGUGCAAACACCUGUCAGUGUAUCCACUAAAGUCUCAUCAGAUGUCAGCAUGACGUCCAUUAAACUGUCUCCUUCUUACCAACCAGUGCCACUUAUUCAGAGUGUGGCCAAAUUUGGUGUCGCAAAGACAGCCAUCAACGUUCAGGCUGCCCAGGCAAUGAGGAGGCAAGCUUGGGUGCCCACCGUGAUGACUGGGGGGAGUAUUGCAAAGUUUUCUCCAGUCACUGCCACCAGAAGUCCAACCAUUGGGACAAUGGAGACAGUCCAAAAGUACUCGGUGGAAAACACUCCAAUCUGUUUUUCCCGCUGUAGUUCCCUGUCAUCACUCUCCUCUGGCGACGGAGCUCUGGAAGGACAAAGCGAGAAUGAGCUGGAGAGUGACUCAUCUUUAGAGAUUAUUGAAGUGGAGGAUGGAGAGGUGGUGAAGACAGCACAAGAGGACGAAACCUUAGAGGACCUGAGUGACAGCCAGCUGUUGAUGACUGAUUCAAAAACCUUCCCCAGCAAGGAGACAGAUCCCAUUGAGAUCCCCUGUCCUUCUAAAAGGGAAAAGGUGUUCCUCAGGGGAGCUUCACCUGCUCUUCUUGAAGACCGGUCUCCCUCCAGUUCAUCUGAGAACUACAUCCAUGAAACCCCUCUGGUAUUAAGCCGCUGUAGCUCGGUCAGUUCACUGGGGAGCUUUGAGUCUCCCUCUAUUGCCAGCUCAAUUCAAAGUGACCCAUGCAGUGAGAUGAUUGAUGGCACAAUAAGCCCAAGUGAUCUUCCAGACAGCCCAGGACAAACCAUGCCACCCAGUCGAAGUAAAACUCCUUGUUGUGUUGAGUCGAAUGGACCAGAAACACAGACCACAGGGAUGGCAGGACAGUGGGAAAACAGCCUCCGGAAAUUCAUGGAGAUCACCGACCCAAAAGAGAGGUUCAAUCUUCCUCCUGACCUCGACACCAUGAUCUACUUCACAGUGGAAAAACCCACUGAGAACUUCUCUUGUGCUUCCAGCUUAAGCGCUCUGCCUCUUCAUGAACACUACAUUCAGAAAGAAGUUGAGCUUAAAUUAACUCCCCUACUCCAGCAAAAUGACAAAAAUCUCCCUUUCCCUGAUGACGAUGAACAAGGACUUGAUCAUGGGGAGAGAUACAGUGAAGGCAACUCGGACGACGACAUAGAAAUCUUAAAGGAAUGCAUCAACUCAGCAAUGCCCUCAAAGUUUAGAAAAGUAAGACCCUCUCUAAUGACCACAAUCCCUUCUCAUUUACUCAGUUCCCAGAUCCGAAAACCAAUCAAUCUACCUGUAUACAUGAUGUUCCCUAAUGGGAAAACCCAGAUGUGUCCGGGGAGAAGAAUUGUCAUCCCACAAAAAGAUUUCAAAUUUGAUGAUUCUUCCUUUACAGAUUCUGCAGAGGGCACACCGGUCAACUUCUCCAGCACAACAUCACUCAGUGAUGAAACUCUUCAGUAUCCUGUGAAGGACAGGGGUGCCAAAGAGUGCACUGCUAAAUGUCUGAACAAGCAGGAAAUGAUAGACAAUGAUGCUAAGAGGAUAGAGGACUUGAGGAUAUUCUCACACUUCCACAAGCCCAAUAGGACAAACUAUGCACCUGAGAUCCAAAUGAGUCGGAUGACAAAGCAUGUGAUUCCUACUCAGAGGGUCCUGAUGCAGAGCAAAGAGGUCGCCGACAGAGUCGCUAACCAAAAGAAUCGCGAUCAGUCUCCCAAUCAGCUAAAGCGGCGUCAAGGCCAAGGCCCCAUCAGAAAACUGGAACUGCCAGUCAUAAAGCAGAGCGUCGACGCUAACCUCAAUGCCAGGUCACAAAGAGGACACACUAUCUGUAGACAAAUGACACAUUCAUCAGAAGACAGCAUCAGCUUAUAUGAUGAUAAUGAGGAAGUAACCAAACGAACAGGCAGAAAACAGAACAGGGAGGCAAGUAGAAAAACUCUCUCCCGAAGCAUGACAAACAUAGGCAGGAUAGAAAAUUCCCAAGGAAAUCCCAGAGGCUUUCAAAGGAUAAAACAGAAUCUGAUAAGAGACGAAUCCCUGACAUGUUACUCGCUCAGCUCCUCUCUCAGUUCUCUCAGUGAUGCUGAAUUUGAGGAUCACAAAUCAAAUGCCCAGCAAAUAUGGUACAAGAACAGACACAACAAAACACUGAGUAUGGCCCAGCAAACAAAACCAUUGACUAUUCACUGCCAAUAUGAGGAGCAAAGCUCACCGAGUUCUGUAAGCAUGGAUUCAGAGGACGACCUCCUUCAGAAAUGCAUAACAUCUGCAAUGCCUAAGCAGAGAAGGAAGAUGGCCUCCAGGAAGAAAAAGGCAGAAAACACUCAAAAACAAAAACAAAAGGCAUCAGAUAUAUGGGACAUGGAUGAGGAAAUGGACAGUGAUGAUAUGGCAUGGGAUAAAGAUUCUGACCUCAAUAGCAUUGAAUGGAGAGCCAUACAAGAGGGGGCCAACUGUGUUGUAUCUGGGCUGCAAGCGUCGAAGUCUCAAGAGCCAUCCUCCGAAGAAACCGAGUCAGUUCUAUCUUUUAUGUCAACAUCGAGCUUCACACCCAAAGAAAGGAAGUUUGCUAAAGAAAAAAAUGCCAACAAACCUCUAGACUUUGCUCAGCGCAAACCAGUUGCAAACUUGCCUGUUGUUUUUAGAGGCAGGACUGUGAUCUAUACGCCGAAAAAGGAAACAGCUCCAUCCCAAAGGCCUCCCCCCAGAAAAAUGCCAACCAAGACAGACUCUCCAAAGAACCCAAACCUGGCUCAGCACAGAUCAAAGAGCCUCCACCGACUCGGCCGCCCCCAGGACAUUGAACUGUCUCUCCCAAAGAGGAGCUCUACUCCACCUCCAAGGAUACCAAAAAGUUCAUCCUCUGGAUCCUCACAGAGCUCUACACCUUCCAAACAGUCACAGAGGAAGAUCACAUCCCCAAUUCAGACAAAUAAAUCCAUCCAGAAAAAGAUGGCAUCACCAGCUAGAAGCCCACCAGCUAGUAGUCCCCCUGAGAGAAAAGGGAGGUCUCCUGUAGUCAAUAAGAAUGAGAGAUCUCCUCCACCUAAAACUCAAAAGUCACCUGUCCGAAUCCCUUUCAUGCAGAAUUCGAUUAGGCAAGCCAGACCUCUGUCACCUUUGGUGACAAACCAAACAAUGGACAGGCAAAGCAAUCAAGUCAAUGGGAAAAGGGUGCUACCAGCUAAUCGAUUCGACAUGGUUAGGAUGACCUCUGCUCACUCUAGUGGUGGUGAGUCUGACCGUAGUGGGUUCCUGAGACAGCUGACUUUCAUUAAAGAAUCAAAGAAUGUGUUAAGACGUGACGGCUCGGCUCGCAACCCGCCAGGAUCACAGAACGGAUCCCCUCGCAGGACAGUUCCUGGAGCCACCGCUGUCUUCCUUUGUUCAUCGCGCUGUCAGGAGCUAAAGGCUGUUGCCCAAACUCCAAGAAGGGUACAAGUGAAAGACUCUGGACGAGCACAGCAAGGCCAGAGGCCAAACCCUGGCCCACAGAAGCAGACUACAGCCAUGUCGAGGGCAACAUCUAGUGAGCGGGAUCUGUCAAGGCGGCCGGCCAGAAGGACUAGCUCUGAGAGUCCCUGCAGGGUGGCACAGCGCAAUGGUUCUGGUAGAGUUGCUGGAGUCAGGCAGCAACAGGACACCUUUAAACGCCAUGCCUCAUCACCGAGCAUAAACAUACUAAGCCGAGUGACCAGCCGCUCCUCUCUGCGCUCAUCAUCGUCUGAUUCGAGUGGAAGAGCAAAAAGCGAAGAAGAGACUAAGAAGAAAGGGCAGAGAUUCACAUCUCGGCACCGUGAUUCAGUAACUUGGAGAAGGAUCAGGGAUGAAGAUGUACCUCAAAUCUUGAAAAGCACUCUGCCAGCCAAUGCAUUGCCUCUGGUGCCUUCCCCUGACGAGGAAAAGCCGAAACCACCAGCUCUCCCAGGAAAACUGCCAACCAUUCUCCUUGCAUCUCGCAAGACAAGUGAUGCAACAGUGCAAACAGACGACUUCGCAAACAACAAGACCAACUCAAGCACCUCUCCGACUGUUGAGGCAACUCAAGGGGAGGAAGGAGCGAGGCUGGCUGCCCUCAGGAUGAUCAGUGCCACCACUGGGAGUAACCUCCAGGACGUGGAGUCGGAUGGCUCCCUGAGGAGCCUGUGCACCACAGACAACCACACAAGUGGAGUUGUCACUUUCCGUCAAGGAUCCCCUAGCAAGGCCGCUCGAGUCAGUCCUUUUAAUUACACCCCCAGCCCUAUGACCUGCUGCCUGCAGGACACGCAGAGCCAAACAGCAACCAUUAAUGAGAAGUGUGUGGGGAAAAGCGAGUCAUAGGGGAUUGGGAGUUCAGAAUGAAUCUCAGCACUUGAACUCGGGGGUGUGCUGGUGCUGUACCUCGGGUAUUCACCCUUUACCAACAGCAUACCCUAUUUCCAUGUUUCUCUUUCUGAACAGCUGAUCAGAGCCUCCAUUCACCACUCAUUAGAAGUUGGAUGUAUGCAUUGCGACAGGUCUGGAAGGAACGGACCAGCCACAAACUUUUAGAGAUGCCAUUUAGAGGGAGAUCUCGCCCAAAAAGCGCAUCUUUUUGUACUUUCUUUUGUAUUUGUAGAAAAAUUGCCUGGUAGAAAUGUAGUGAAAACAUAAAGCAAAAAGACAAUUAACUUGAUUUCACCACAUAGAUCACCCUCGGCUUCUGGACACAAUCGAUGAGAACAAUAUUAUGCAAAUGACUGAAUGGAUUUUGAAAGGAAUUCUGCCCGAAAAGGUUCAAACUGUGGUGGAGUACAGACACUCGCCAAAUUCACCUUUUUUUUCUUUUUUACAUCAAUUCUUUAAGUCCUUGCUUCAUCAACCAACCAAAUAGGAUGUUACCAGUCUUGUAAAAUCAUGUUUAUGCUUUAUUCGUAUAAUACUCCAGCUAAACACAUUAAACAACCUCUUUUUGUCAUUAAUUUUUUAUAUGUAGUACACAGCAUUUCCAAAAAGGAUUCAUGCUAUGAUGCCCAUAACAUCCAUUUUUAUAACAAUAUAUAAAAGAAAAACAUAGCCAUUGCAAAGUGGAAACCUUAAAUCAAACACUUAGGCACAGAAAUGCAUCACUGCUGGAUCUGAUCCAGUGUUUUUGGGUUAUAGAAAUCAGUUAUAGAGACAUAGCUACUGCCUUAAGGUUUUAGAGUGAGUUCUGUGGAUGAACCCUCAUUGUAUAAACAAUUAAAUGUUACAGUAUUAAGUGAUCCAGUACAAUACAACCAAUGCCAGUUCAGUUUUACCCAACAUGAUCUGUAAGAUAAUGAUUCUUAGUCCCUCUUUGCUAGCUCCAUCCCUGCAGUUCAUGUUAAUUUAAAGUCAUGCUUUAACAGGCAUACCAGACAAUGUUUCCGUCACAGAAAAAACACAGUUAGCCUCCUUACUAUUCAAAACUGUGAAUAACUCUGGGUCCUUCUCCCUUCUCUUUCGUGUCGAUCAGUUGUAAAUAACAUGCAGGUAUACAGAGGCUUCCCGGCAGGUGUUGCUUCCUGACAGCAUGCUAAUAUAUUCACUGACUGUAUAUGCACACCUGUAACCUUUGUGGGCACUGGAUAAUGACGCUGAUGUUCUUCAGUAGUGAAAUAUUUUCCCAAAGCCUGACGCCAUCUGUAAUCUUGUGCUGCAAAGACCUGUAAACACACACCUCGGUCAAUGCAACGAUGUUUUAAUUGUGUUUGCUACUAGAUUCAGGUACCGUUUGCUAUGAGUAUAUGACCCUAUCAGCGAUGGAUGGAUGGAUGGACCACGUCCUCACGGGAGUUCUAUGAAAUGUGUUGAUAUCUGCUUUACUGUGUUUCUGUAAAAUUAGUGUUAGGUGGGGGAAGAAUAUAAAGACAAUGAAUAUUCUCUGUAGCUGUUCCAUCAAUCUUUCAUGUGUGCCCUGCAGAGCUGAAUGGAAUGAAAAUCAAUCUACAUGGAGGGGCUGUUAGAUUACAAAAGAAACAGGACAUUGUAGCCCCAAAGCAUGUAUCAAACCAAACUCAAGUAACCUUUAAAAGCCCAGAGAACUGAAAAGGGACAAGCAACUGAAAUCUCUCUUUUUAAUGUCAAACAUCAGAGGAAGUGAGAGUGGCAACAUUUGAGACUCUUAUGUGAUAAAUUAGGGCUACCAGGAGGGUCAAAGAUAUUUACUGAGGAUUCUGCCUCUUAACUAUUUCUCAUGUCAGUCACUUAAUUAUUU